AUCACUCUCUGGGGUUCUGCAAAUACAUAAUCAUCUGAGCCUUCUGGUUUUGCUUUCCUGCCGUUAAAUAGAAGAUUCUCUUCUCGAAGUUAUCACAGUUGCUAGACUCUGGUUUGGUCUUCCCUUCUUUCUCCAAUUAAAUAAAUUUAUGUAUAUGCCAUCUGUUUCUUUUAUUCUUGGCCAUGGAGGUAAGCUUUAGCCUUGAUGAUUCCAUUUUCGUCCCAGAAAUUACAACUCUUAUUCUUGUGACUCUAGUUACAAUUUUGGCUGGAUGGUGGAGAUACAGAGUAUAUCCUCAGCUUGGAAGAAAGCCUCCUCCAGGGAAAUUGGGUUUGCCUCUUGUUAGAGAAUCUUUAAGCUUCUUGAAGGCUUAUAAAAAGAACCAGCUUGCUGAAUGGGUGAAGAAGCGUACAUUUGAGCGUGGACCAACAUUCAAGACCUCACUCAUGGGUUCUGAUGCUGCUGUUAUAACUGGCCUAGCAGGAAACAGAUUUAUAUACACUGCCACUGAUAGUGGCAUUGCAGCUAACCAACCAGCUCCUGUAAGAGCCACACUUGGAAAAAAAAAUACUAUCUUCGAGAUUUCUGGGCCUAGAUACAAGCUUGUUAAGAGCGCAAUUAUAAAUUUUCUAAGACCUGAAAGCAUCCAAAGAUAUGUAUGUGAAAUGGAUUCACUCAUCAAGCAACAAUUAUUCCUGGAACUCAAUGAUAGGGAGUCAGUAAAGCUGGUACCCUUGCUGAAGAAAGCUGCAUUUAAAGUCACUUGCAGUUUGCUUUUCAGAUUAUCGGAAGAAAAGGAAAGAGAAACAUUGUUUGAGGAUUUUUCAAUUGCCCUCAGAGGAAUGUGGAGCAUCCUUUUGAAUUUUCCAGGGACCUUGUAUAGAAAAUCAUCUACUGCUUGAGCCAGGACAAGAAAUUUGUGCAGUCAGCCAAUUGCCAGGAGGAGAAGAGAAUUGGAAGAAAGGAAAGUGAGUUCUCAUGACGAUAUUAUAUCAAGUUUAGUUAGUCUGAGAGAUGAAGAUGGUAAACCCUUGUUAGAAGAAGAAAUUAUUGAUAAUCUUAUUACUCUAAUGAUUGCAAGCCAUGACACUACUGCAACACUACUAAGUCAUUUUGUAAGACUCCUAGCCGGGGAUGCCGAAAUUUGUGAUAAAGUCCUCGAAGAGCAAAAGGAAGUUGUGAAGGCUAUUGAAGGAACUGGUGGAAGAUCAGUUGGCAAGAGGUGCAAAUGAUGAAAUACACAUGGAUUGUAGCUCAAGAAAUCAUGAGAUUAUCUCCUCCAGUUCUUGGCAGUUUCAGACGUGCUUGGAAAGACACCAAGUUUGAUGGUUUUGAUAUCCCCAAAGGAUGGCUGGUGUUAAUCAAUUGCUGUAAAUAUAAUUCCUGGCUUGAUCCAAUUUGCUUUUGUAGAUGUGUGUGUGUGUAAGCUUUCGACUGAAAUUUUCAGGUGCUGUGGGUAACUUUCAGUACCCAUUUGGAUGAUAAAAUAUUUGCAGACCCAGAAAAAAUUGAUCCAUCAAGAUUCCAGAGCCUGACAAAGCGGAU